AUGGAAACAUUCAUCUCCAUCCACAUUGGGGGUCCCUUGGGGGCUCCAGCAUCAAAUACAUGUAUAUUUUGUAUGCCUUUCCCCUUACCAACCGUACAGAGCACUUUUCGUUCGGCCCUUUUUUUAUUUUUCCCCCAUUUUGCAACCGUUUAUGCGAGAGCCCCCCACCCAUCAGUGAGGGCCUGGCUAGCGCGAGCGCCAAUACGCUGCUACUUAGAGAACAGACGAUUCAUCUUGCUGAGAGGCAGUAUGCUGUUACCAAGAGAACAGACAAGCUACAUUGAUAUAUCGUACACUGUAGAAAAGGAAAAAAGGCUAAUACAUACUACAUAUUCUCUUCCUCAGCGUCUUAUCAGGCUAAGAUAUUCUUCUUGUUGA